GGAAAGACGUGUGUGCGUGCUUUGCGCUUGUCCUGUCCCGUGACACUGCGUGUUCGACGUUUGGUUGUUCAACAUCAUCAGCCCCGGUUUCGUGUGAUUUACGUAUCAAAGAACGGGUGUCUCUGUGAAGAAUACUGACGAAUAUAGAGUGCUGUGUAGUGAUGAUGUACGGCAAAGAUUAAUGUCUGUGAAUGAUAUGAAGUGAACGAAUCCCGCUCUCUAGUCGCAAGUGAUCGUGUAAUUGUAGUAUCGACAAACGUGAAACAAUCCUUCCCGUUCGAUUAGUCACUAAAACAAAAGGAAGUGUGAAAUCGUAUCCGUUAUCGUGAUUUUUGUCCCCCACUAGAAGGGAAUCCGUGUGUGUGUGUGUGCGUGUGUGCCCUUGUGUGAGUUUUUGUGCGGUUUCGUCUUGUUCCAUUUGUUUUAAUUUUUCACCCACCCGUGUGCGUGUGCGUUGUCGCGGUCGUUCAACACGCCGUUACGACAAACGCGUCAAACAAAAUCCGUCAAACUGGCCGCCUCAAUAGCAAUGAAUCCCCACUACCAUCCGUAUUCGGAUCUGUCCUCACCACACUCGCCCAGUCCGGACAAUGCCGGCAGCUACCCGCAGCUAACCCCACACCACAACGGGCAUGGUGGGGGCGGCGGCGGCGGUGGUGGCGGUGGCGGUCCAAACUCGAUGGUCAGUCAGAUGGACGGCCAGCAAGGAUUCCACCAGAUGAACAGUGGUAACGGUGGUGGACCGGUAAAACAUUGCGCUGGUUGUGGAGGCAAAAUUACGGAACGCUUCUUUCUGCACGCACUGGACCGAUAUUGGCACAACUCCUGUUUGAAAUGUUCCUGCUGCGGAGCGAUGCUGGCCGAUAUCGGUUCCAGCUGUUACACCCGCAGUGGCAUGAUCCUCUGCAAAGCCGAUUAUUCCAGAUUAUUCGGUUCCGGUGCUUGUUCCGCCUGCCAUCAAACGAUACCCGCCAACGAGUUUGUGAUGCGAACGACGUCCCACACGACGAUAAACAACAACCUGAACAACGCCGCGAACAACAACAAUCAAAACGGUACCGUCAACAACAAUAACAACAAUAACAACAACAACGGGCAAUCCGUGCCCCAGCACCACGUGUUUCACCUGAAGUGCUUCCAGUGCUCGAAGUGCGGGAGCCAUCUGGUGCAGGGCGACCGGUACUAUAUGCUCGGUGGCAGUCUCGUCUGUGAGCCGGACUGGCACAAGCUCGUGAAGACGACCAAUAGCCAAACGAACCCGCCGCUGCGCAAGGGCAAAGUCGGAAGGCCACGGCGCUCCCGCGACUGA